AUGCCAGAUUUUUUUUUAAAAAGGAAGAAGCCAAGCUUUAUAAACAUCAAAAUCAACACCAACAUUAAGUGUUACCUCUACAGAAAUGUCAAGAAAAAUGGAAACAAAAAAUUGUACAUACUUGAAAAAAAAAAAAAAGUGGAAGAAAUCAUUAAACUUACAAACAAUUUAAAAUACAAUGAAAUUACCUGCAUGUUCAGGAAAAAUAUUAAUUACAAUGGAAUGAAAAAAAAACAUAUACAUUAUUGUAAUUUUUUAAAAGCAGACAUAUUAACUUUGUUAAAAGGAGAUAUAGAAAAAUUAAAAAAAAACAAAUUUAAAUACCUCUCUAUAGGAAAUAGAAAACAUAGUUUUAAAAAGGUAUUAACCAAUUGUAUAUUUUCUACCGACAUUCAUCAGUUUGUGAACACAGCUCAUAAACAUAUUAACAAAGCAAACCUUUAUCAGUUAUUUAUCCUCUUAAAAUUAAGUCUCCAUUUUAAAAAUUGUGAAUUCUUCAAGCUCAAUGCCUUGGAGGCAUUUAUUAAUAAAGUGAAAUUGUACAGUUUUGAAAAAAAAAACAGACAUGCAGGGAAGAAGAAAGACACCAAAUUACUGCUGACAUGUCAGCACAUAUUAGAUUCAAAAUUUUUUGUGAAUACCCAUGGUAUUAUCUCCCAGCAUGAUCCUACGUUGAACAUUUACAUUUUUGAUAUCGUCAAUUUUGUAAAUGAAAGCAUAAACAGUGUGGAUGGAAAUCAUGAUGACCCUUCCCACAACAGCUUUGAUGGGGAUGUCGUGAAAUUCAGAAAUCAGGUUAAUAGUGCUGAUGACUCACUUCUUAAUCGAAGCAGCAAUGAAGAUGACUCACUUCAUAAUCGAAGCAGCAAUGAAGAUGACUCACUUCAUAAUCGAGUUAGUAGCAUCGAUUAUGCAUGUCUUAACCGAGUUAGAAGUGGGGCCCCCCCACCCUCGCUUGAAAAGCGCGAAGAAGAGUUUUCCCACCUGAACAAGUCAGGCAAUUCAAGACACAAAAUUGCAGGGGGAAAAGGCGACCCUAUCAAACACGAAGGAUACGGGUCCAAGGGGAUGAAAGACAAGAGGAAGAAGUGGAGUUAUGCUUAUAAAUUAAAAAAGAAUAAUGAAAGGGAAGAAAGUAACACGGGAAGAAAUGAUGAAAUGUAUGCGGAUGAAGUGCAUGUGGAUGAAAUGUAUGGAGACAAAAUUUAUGAGGACGAAAUUAAAUAUUUUUUUUACAACCACGGGACUAACCAUUUAGGGGUGUACAAGGAAAUUUUUGAAAAAUCUGAUCAAUAUAAAUGUUUAAAAUAUUACGAAAAAAUUAAAAACCAUUGUAUAAAGGAUAGAAAUGUUAUAAAUGAUGAUGACACAAGUAUUAAACAAGAGUUGCAAAACAAUAAACUCAAAAGUAGUUUCCUCCUGAAUUCCACAAAAUUGCAAAAUAAUAACCAUGCUAUAGAUAAGCAGAAUUGUGAAAAUAUUCCCUCAUCUAAUGGAUUUAGUGCAUACAUGCUGAAGGAAUGUAUUUUAUACACAUUUUUAUCCGUAUGUGUAAAUAAUUAUGACGACAGGAAUUACAAAUAUAUGAAGGAUAUUUAUUUUAAGAAUUUUUAUUUUUACAAUCCAUUGUUUCUUUUUCAUUACUUCAGUUACAUUUCAACAGAUGAGACUAAGUUUUAUGAGAAAUAUUUAAAUGAGUUCCUUAAGUUUUUAAAUAAUAUUAUUAUACAUUUUCACUUUUACUUAAUACCAUUUUUUACCAAUUUAAAUUAUUCAUCUAUUUUUUUGGAUUUUUUUAAAAAAAAAAUAGCAUACAUGGGAAGAGAUGAAACAAUUAUGCUCGUUUAUAGAAAGUCAACUAGUUUUCCGUUAAUCAAAGAAAGGGUAUCCUACUCCUACACUUAUAAAAAUUGUGACAAAAAUGAAAAAAAAAUUUCAUUUAUCUUGUACCUUUUUUACCAAAUUUACGGAUCUGAUAAUGUUGUAGAAAAGGCGAAACAAAUAUAUUUGGACAAUUUUUACCUGUACAGUUCAGAACAGGAAAAAAAAAAAAAAAAAAAAAAAAUACCUGUGAGCAUUUUUUUCAAUUUUUUAAAUUAUCAAAGUGUUUUUAAUAAAUAUGAAAAUGAGUUAAAACAGUUAUAUAUUCAGAAGAAACUCUUUUAUAAGCCAACAACGGGUGAUUCAACUAAGAAAAUCAUAAAUAAAAAUACAACAUUGCUCUCUCAGAUUAAUUGUGCAGAGGAAGGGGAAAGAAAAAAGACGUCAUCUCAUUUAACUUCUUCAAUCGAUGAAGAACAAUUUAAUUCUCUCCAUGUAAGAAAAGACAAAGAUCUUUCAUCACAUGGGAAAAAAUUCAUAAAAAAUGGAAUGAAUUCGUGCAUCAGCUUAAAGGGUAGAAGGAGGAGUAAGGGUUCACUCGGCUCCUUAUCUCCAACUAACACUGUAUCAGAGAAUUGUCUAUUAAGGAAAAAGGAAUUGUGGAGAUAUAUGCAUCAAGUUCAUCAGGAAUUAUUUCACAUGACAGUUAAAGAAUCAUGUAAUAAAGUGGUUGUUAAUAAAACAGUUGAUGAUGAAGAAGAAAGGAUCCAACGAGGUGUGAGGCGUUGUGAAACCCUAGUGCUGAAUGAUUACACUUUGAAGUAUAAUAACAUAUCUGUAAGAAAAAGAGAAAUUUUAUACCUGUUCCUGAUUUUGAGCAAGUACAACUUUACACAGAGUGGGAAUUAUUUAAAUAAAAUUUUAUUUUUUUUUUUAAAUGAAUAUUGUGAAAAGGAUCUAAUGAUUGUGUUUGUGAACCAUCUAAAGAAUAAUGGAAGCAAUUAUGAUUUAUUGCUACUGAAUAAGAUAUUAAACAUUUUUAUAUAUAAGAAAAAAAACAUUUCCCUGAAUAGUAACAUAACUAUAUGUAAUAACCUGGCUAAGUAUCAACUAUUUAAUAAUAACUUUUUUGCAUUAGACAAGAAGAAUUUUUUUGAUCAAGUUCAUGAGGCCAAUAUCCAUUCGCUAGUAGCUCUGCUAUAUUCAUGGGGGAAAUUAAAAGUAAAAAAUCUGGAUAUCCAUUUUUACAAAGUCAUCAUUAAGGAAAUUAUUCAAAAAAUUGAUAAAAUUAAUGAGUAUGGUUUAUCUUGUUUGCUCUAUGGUCUAAACAAUCUUAUAGACAAGAAGAAGGGAAGGGAAGAGAAGAUCAUUCUAUCACUCCCGAAUAACAUGGACAAUGGAAAAGCGAUAACUAGGUUUAGAAAAAAUCGACAUGAUGAAGACAAGUUAUCAGAUGUUAUCCACAGAAGCGAUUCUACAAGUGAUACCCAAAAAUAUCUUUCCCCAAGCGAAACAAAUACAAGUAACCAAAUUGGAUUAUAUACUCACUGUAGGCACGAUAUAGAUAAAGAGACAGCAGAAGAAGAGAAAUAUAAUACAAUGCAUAUUAUAUUACUUGAAAAUGAACUAAUAAGAGCAAUCAUAAAGAAGCUCAUCAUGUUCAAAAAUAUGAACAUAAAUUCUUUUUGCAUUUCUAUAUCAUGUUUAUCAAAAAUAAAUAUAUUUCCAAAAGAACUAUAUGAAGAAAUAAAAACAGUGACAUAUAAAUAUAUGUAUAGUGUAAACGUUACUUCAUUGCAACACCUACUUUUAGCCUUAUCAAAAUAUUAUAUAAAAACUAAUAAAAAUCAUAACCCAGAUGAUUUAAUUUUUGAUAUUUUUAAUUUUUUAUUCACAUACAAAUACAAGGAUAUAUCAUUUAAAUGUGCCUGUAAAUUUUUACACAUUUUAAGCUUAUUAAAUUUGAGAGACGAAGAUUUUAUUUUGCUUCUUCUUCUCGUUAUUGCCAAUGAACAGAGGGCAUUAUUCCAUCUCUUCGAUGGCGAUACGAAUAUGCAUAACCUUGAAACAAUUAGAGGGAAAUUCUCCAAAAUUCAUCCAUCGCAUAUUAUUACCCCUCUCAAUGUUAGCAGUUCUGGUAGGGAGGAAGUGCAGCAUGGGUAUCGCACCCUUGGUGGAACUACAAACAUCCACGCGGGAAAGGAGUUUCAUCCGAUUUGUAAUGACAAUUUGGGGAUGAAAAUUAACCAAGGAGAAAAAUGCAACAAGAGUUCUAUAUUUUUGAAAGGGUUAAACAUUUUAAAAGAAGAUGAAUAUUUUAAAAGUUCCCAUAAUGCAUACCUAUUUUUUGAUGUUAAAAAUUACAAAUUUGAAUUAAGUAAAGUAUUGUCAAAUUUUAAAAAUGUUGACAAUAGCUAUCUCAUCAAUGUAUUGGAGAGUUUGUACAAUUUAUCGUACUAUUCUUAUUUUUCAAUUCAUUUAACUUUGAUAAUAAAAAAUAUUUUGAUUAAACAAAUACACGAUUUGAAAGUUUCAGGUAUAAUGAUAUUACUUUUUUCUCAUGUAGAUUUACAUUUCUUCGAUUAUUCUCUAUAUGAUAUAGAAUUGAAGUUAUUUUUAAAUGAAGAAGAUAGUAGUAUUGCACCACAGAUUGAUGGUUUCAAAUCGAGUGAUGAACAGUCACUACUUUUGGAAUCAUCCAUGGUUGGCGAAAACAAAAAGGAAUUUUCCAAUGAGGAAGAGAAGAAUGAAGAAUACAACAAGCAACUGAAUAAGCAAGCGCUCCGAGAAGAUAACAAUUCCUUGGAACAACAAUUCAAUAGUGUUUAUAACUAUAUGUUACACAAUUUCAAAAGCAUGAACGAAGAGGAAAAGAUGAUUUGUGUAGAAAAGCUUAAAUUGCUUAUGUACAAAAUGAAGAAGAAAAAAAUGUACUAUGUAAACAAUAUUUAUAAUGAAAAUAAUACACCAAGUGUGGAGUAUAUAAUAUCCAUGAUAUAUGAUUAUGAACAGAUGAGAAAAGCAAACCACGAAAUGCCAGAUGUGACGAGAAGUAAAUUCAUUGCUGAUGGAAGAAGGGUGGCACAAAUUACCAACAAUAGCAGCGGUGUUAGUACCACUAUAAUGAGAAGAACAACCAGGAAGGAGGAAGAAAAAUUGAAGAGUGAUAAAUACUCAGGCAACAACAUAGAUAUAGAUAGAAAAGAAAAUAAGCAUCAUUACAAAACAGAUGCUAAGAUUACACAUAAAAAUAAUUAUGUAGAAAAUUCUCUGAAAAAAAAUAAUUUUGAAAAAUUAAAAAAUAUUGUUGACCAAUUCAGCUCAGUGAAGAAGUUCCAUUUAAAGGAUAAAAUAUUGAACAAGAAAUUAGAAGAAAAAAUAUAUUACGAUGAUUUUUUUUUUUUAAAGUAUCGAGAAUAUUACAAAGAAGACCUCAUCAAUUUAUGCUUAGAAACUAUAUUAAAAAACACGAACUACAUUUUGAACAAUUAUAAACAAUACAAAAACUGCAGCAUAUUUUUUCUCCUUCUCUUUUGCAACAUAUUCCUACCGUAUACCACAAAUGAUAUUUUUCUCCGUUUUAAAUGCAUUCAAAGGAAUUAUAAUUAUUAUAAAAAAAAAAAUUUACAACAUGAUUUUGAUCAAAUUUUGAAAAAUAUAGAAUUAUCCGAUUUUAAUGAAGAUACUAUUAGAAAUGCCAUUAACGCGAAAAAUGCAUCUCAUUUGGUUAUUCCCUACUUAAAUAUAUUACAACACAAUAAUGGAUUUCUGAACAAAGCGAUAUGCACAAGUGACAAAAAGGAAGAAGGUGUGUAUAGCAUAGCAGACAAUAAGCUUGUCAGUGGUGAAAAUUAUGGAUAUAUAGAAAAGGAACAUAAAUCGUAUGAUACAUAUCAGGAUCAGGAUAACCUAAAGGAAUGUGAAUACUUCAUAAACUCAUAUGAUACCUCUUAUAAGAUGAAAAAGAUAAAGUUUGAAGACAUAGUUCCUUUAAAUCUGUUAUAUAAAUUUUUCCAAUUAUUUAACUUUAACAUAAAUAAUGUUCAGUUUAUUUAUCUCCUAAAUGAAAUGAUUAAAGAAAACAACGACUUCAACGAACCAGAUAGUGAUUAUACUACACUGAAAUUUGGCAAAAAUGAUAUUUCACCUUACCAAUUCAGAAAUUUAUCCUACCCCUUAAUACAAAUACGAAAUAAAACCUUAAUUAUUCAUAAAAAUUCAAAAAAGUGCUUUUUCAAAAGUUUCAAUGUUAUAGACCAUUAUUUUAAACCAUCUCAAGGGAUGCUUAUACAAAUACUAGACAAUGGCAUUCAUAAUUUAAUUUCAAUAUAUGUCAAUGUUUAUGUAGUUGCGUAUAAGGUGGAUAUUUUACUUGAACGAAAUACAGUGAUGUGUAACUAG